GAUCAAACAUAAUACUGCUCAAAUUCAAAGGGGAAACGGAAGGAAGUAGGAACACAAGAGAAGAGGUGAAACUCUUAAAAACCCUAGUUCAAUUUCUACUGAUCUACUCCUAUCAUUUUAAUCCUAUUUUUUUCAAUUCAUUUGUGCAUUUUACUCUUCUAAACCCUAAUUCAUCUUUCGUUGUCUCGAUUGCUUCAUCUUUUAUUGUUUUUGUCCAUCAUUCUGAAAACUUAGUCGGACUUUACUUGAAAAUUCUACUCGCUCAUAUAUUUUUAGUUCAAUUGAGAGAAAUUAGAGAUUGCGAUAAUGGAAGGAAUGCCGCAAAAUACACCGAAAACGGUCGAAGAAGUCUUCAUGGAUUUCAGAGGAAGACGCGCUGGUUUGAUCAAGGCUCUCACUAUUGACGUUGAAAAUUUUUAUCAGCAAUGCGAUCCUGAGAAGGAAAACUUGUGUUUGUAUGGACUUCCAAAUGAAACAUGGGAAGUUAAUCUACCUGUAGAAGAGGUACCUCCUGAGCUUCCUGAGCCAGCAUUAGGUAUCAAUUUCGCUAGGGAUGGCAUGCAGGAGAAAGAUUGGCUAUCAUUGGUUGCUGUUCACAGUGAUUCGUGGCUACUUGCAGUAGCAUUUUACUUUGGUGCUCGUUUUGGUUUCAACAAGAGUGACAGGAAGAAGCUAUUUCAGAUGAUAAAUGAUUUACCUAGUGUCUUUGAAGUUCUGAACGGGAAUACUAAGCAAUCAAAGGAUCAUCCUGGCACUCACAACAGCAGUAGCAAAAUUAAAUCUAGCGGAAAGUCAAGACAGUCAGAGAACCAUACUAGUAAGUCUGUGAAAAUGCCUAUGCCGCUGAAGGAAGAUGAGAGUGGUGGGGAAGAAGAGGAUGAAGACGAAGAACAAGGAUUGACUCUUUGUGGAGCUUGUGGUACCAAUUAUGCUGCUGAUGAGUUUUGGAUUUGCUGUGACGUGUGUGAGAAAUGGUUUCAUGGUAAAUGUGUAAGAAUCACACCUGCAAAAGCUGAGCAUAUCAAGCAGUACAAGUGCCCCAGCUGCAGUAACAAGAGAACUCGAGUUUGAGGACUUGUCGGCAGGAAGAAGCAGGUUUCCGGGUUCACUUUGUCUAAUCACGGUUCGUACAGCUUAUUGAUCGAAUCUAAACUCAAGAUCUUGUAGACUUAUUUCCGUUCGCUGUUAAGAUCAAAGGAGGUCAGCAGCAAUCCAUUGGGGAUUGAAUGAAAUUUUUAGAUUAUGUUCCUGGAUGGGAAUCAAGAAUUGUUUGUUUAGUUUUUUUUUUUCUUUUUUUUUUCUUUUUUUUUUUCAUGAAUGUUUAGAAAUUGUUUCCCUGAAUGGAUGCUGGCGUAUUGACUUACUAGAGGUUUAUGUCUUA